AUGAUAUAUAUGAUAUUGCAGUAGAUUUCAGCAAAUACCUUCCACUAUACAAAGCUAUAUUGGCAGCAAAUUGGGAGGAAGCUCAAAUCUUCUUCAACCAAGACCCCACAGCAAUCCAAUCUCCUCUCCACCAUGACUUAGAAACUGCAUUUCAUGUUGCUGCUAAAGCUGGUAAUGCCUCCUUUAUGGAAAAGCUUGUAGCAAUGUUGGGAGAUGAUGAACCGCUGAUUGGCCUCAAAGACGUCUCUGGCAAAACCCCACUUCACGUCGCUGCCUCGCAGGGAAACGUUGAAGUGGCGGAUAUCCUUGUUCGGAGGAAUUCUAAUCUCCUCUAUCUUCACAACAACCAUGGUUUAUUCCCCAUCCAUUAUGCAGCUCGGAAUCGUCGCAAAAGCAAAGACGCCUUUCUCUAUUUCUUCAGUCUCACUAAGGCUGAUGAAAACGGCCACCCUAAUCCAUAUGCAGGCUCAACUGGUGCGGCUAUUCUUGCUAACUUAAUUGAAUUGAAAUUCUAUGAUGUGGGUUUGAUGCUGGUUAAAAUGUACCCUGAUCUGGGCCGCCAUAAGAUAUUGAAUUGGGAAAUAACUGCUUUGGGUGCCAUACUUAGAUACGACUGUCCUAUUAUUAACACACGCACUCUAAGCCAUUGCCAAAGUUUCAUAUACUAUUGUGUUUCCAAGAGGUAUGUAGUAUGUAUGUUGAAGAGUGUCGUUGUAAACAAAAUGGUGAUGCACCAAGAAGCACUGAAGCUUCUUAAGUGCUUGUGCGAUCAACUCAAAACCCUAGACGAAACGCAGGUGUGCUCACUGGCAUUGGAUGCAAUAUUUCUAGCGACAAGUUUAGACAUUGGUGAUGUUGUUCUAAAUAUUGUGGAAGCAUAUCCCAGGAUGGCUUAUUUGGUGAACCAAAGAGGAGAGAAUAUACUUAUGGCUGCAGUCAGGAACCGCAGCGAAAAUGUGUUUAACCUUGUUUGUGGAACCACUACACUUAUGGAUAUUUUAGUGGAGUGUAAUAUAGCCAACAAUCAAAAUAGCAUUCUGCAUUUGGCUGGGAAAUUGGCACCUCCCCACAAACUCAAUCUUGUUUCUGGUGCAGCUCUUCAAAUGCAACGAGAGCUGCAAUGGUUUGAGGAAGUGCAAAAGAUUGCACCGCCAUAUUUCUCAUCACUGAGAAAUAAAGAUGAGAAAUCACCAAAGAUGGUGUUCACGGAUGAGCAUAAGGACUUGAAAAAGGAAGGAGAGAAAUGGAUGAAGGAGACAGCAACCGCAUGCUCCAUUGUAGCAGCGCUCAUUGUUACUGUGGCGUUUGCCGCUGCUAUUACAGUUCCACGGCUCAACAAUGGUGGUGGCUUUAACGCUACAAUUGUUACCGUGAAUAAUGAUGCUUCAAGUAAUGGCACAAUUAUAGAUUCCAUUGAUGAGGGCCUCCCCAUCUUCUCCAGAAAGAAUGCUUUCAGAAGCUUUUAUAUCUUCAAUAGUCUCUCUCUCUUUAUGGCCGUUCCUUCUCUCCUGCUCUUCUUGUCCAUCCAAAUUUCGCGCUAUGCCGAAGAAGAUUUCCUGCACAGUCUUCCCUGGAAGCUAAUCGUGGGCAUCAACACCUUGCUAUCUUCCGUUAUGUAUAUGAUGGGCUCGUUUAUUACCACGGUUAAUCUGGUGUUUGGUAACACUGUUCUAUCGGUUCGUGUUGCUUUGAGGGUAUGUGCCGGUGUGACUUUAGUUGCAUUAAUCAUUCUUCAAUUCCGACUCUUCUUAGCUUUCCUAUGGUCUACCUACGGACAGACCAUUUUAAAGAAACUAAAGGAUGGCCGCACUGCCGACAACUUAUUUUGA